AUGUUGCGCAUCGCCUUAGCAGCCCUCUCUCUUUACGCUAAUGUCGCGAACUGCUAUGUUGCAACCCGAGCUACCGAUUCCGUCGAUGCUCCUGUAGUUCAAGUCAAGAACGGAUCAUACGAGGGGAUAUACUCUGCUGAGUAUAAGCAAGACUUCUUCCUUGGAGUGCCGUACGCACAACCUCCGGUCGGGGACUUGCGAUUUCGCUCUCCUGUCAGCUUGAACCAGACAUGGACAGGUGUCAAGCCUGCGAAAAAAGACUCCCCAAGAUGCGUGCAGUGGGGCACAGAUGUUAGCAUUGUCUCAGAAGACUGUCUCUACAUAAACAUUGUCCGACCUUCUGGCCUCGACAAGAACGCAUCUAUCCCCGUGAUGAUUUGGAUUCACGGCGGAGGAUUUGUUAGUGGUGCCGGCGUCGAACCUGUGUUCAAUAUGACGUUCCUUGUCCAACAAUCCGUCAAGAUUGGCAAGCCCGUCAUCGGCAUCAACCUCAACUAUCGACUGGGCACCUUUGGAUUCUUGAGUGGAAGCGACGAGGUCAAAGACUUCAACGUGGGCCUCCUUGACCAGCGCAAAGUGCUAGAAUGGGUACAGGAAAAUGUCGCGUCCUUUGGGGGUGAUCCUAAGCGUGUGACGAUCUUUGGCGAAAGCGCUGGUGCUGGUGCUGUCGGCUACCAGCUUAUUGCCCACGGUGGUCGGGAUGAUAAGCUCUUCCGGGGCGCCAUCAUGGAGUCUGGUAAUCCCAUCAAUGUCCAUGGAUCGUCAGACAAGUCAGGGCUUGCGGAUAACUAUAAUGAGCUUAAUCGCCGGACCGGUUGUGAUAAAGCCACCAGCCCGCUGGAGUGCUUGCGAACUCUUCCUUAUCAGCAGCUUUACGACACAAUCAAUCAGUCAGGUAAUUCGAGCGUCAGCCUCUCGGCAUUCGGCCCGGUUAUUGAUGGCGACUUUCUGCGCAAGCCCGGUUCUGUUGCACUUGCGGCUGGCGAGUUCAUCCAUAUCCCAAUCAUGAGCGGUGCCACUUCCGACGAGGGAACUGCGUUUUCCAGUAAGCCAGUAAACACUGAAGAAGAAUUCGAGAAGAUGGUGAUCGACCUGGAACAGGGGAAAAUGUCUGCAGACUUCGCCAAGAAGAUUCUCACUGUAUACCCAGACGACCUAUCAGUCAACGUUGUGCAGAGUCUAGGGAACCAACGGCCAUCCGCCUCGUAUGGCGCUCAAUUCCGUCGAUCAGCAACUUACAUCGGCGAUCUCUACAUCAUCGCGUCGCGUCGCAAGACGUGUGAAACCUGGGCCGCCAACAACCUCCCAGUAUACAGCUACCGCUUCGAUGUCUUGCCAGACGGCGCCAAUGUGGACAUGGCCAUUACCCAUUUCGCCGAAGUCUCCUUCGUGUUCAACAACUACCUCGGUAUCGGAUACGAUACUAAGCCCUUUAGCUCGGAGCCCAUGACCGCGGUGGCGAAUUUCAUGACCAACAGCUGGCUCAGUUACGUGUAUCACCUGGAUCCUAAUGAGUGGAGGAAGACUGUCGCGUGGAGUGGGCUCGAGCCUGAAUGGCCAGUGUACAACUCGAGCAACCCUACAAACUUUGUGUUCGAUUCGAACAGGACGAGUUAUCUUGAGCCGGACGUGUUCAGGAAAGAGGCUAUCCAGCUUAUCAACGACAACUCUUUGUCAGUUUACGGGCGUUAA